UUUCAGACUCAGAGCAGGUCGCGGGUGGAAUGGUCUACCUCUACCUUUUAAAUAAAUAAAAUCUAAUCAUUAAAAUCUUGUAAUAAUUUACAGACAGGAUGCUGAACGUUGUGGCUAAACAGCUCAGAAGUCACCCGGCUCUGAUCCCUCUGUUUGUGUUCAUCGGUGGUGGAGCCACCAUGUCCAUGAUGUAUCUUGCCCGCCUGGCCCUAAAGAACCCAGAAUGCUCAUGGGAUCGUACCAACAACCCCGAACCCUGGAACAAAAUGGGACCAAACGAGCAGUACAAGCUCUUCUCAGUAAACAUGGACUAUUCCAAGUUGAAGAAGGACAGACCAGACUUCUAAACGACUUCUAAACCAAUCUAUAUACUUGAAGUUCCUCAGAAACCAAUCUGUAUAAAAUGUGUGUAAAUUGUGGAAUCAUUCCAGCCACCCCUGUAUACAUCAAUGUUUACCAGAUGUUCUCAUAGGUAUAGGUACCAAGGAACCAGAUGUUGGACAUAAGAGAGACGGUUUGCUUUGAUGUGUUGAACCUUCACUACUGAAACAACGGUGCAUUAAAAUGUAUUAUACAUUAAAAACUUUUAAUCUCA